AUUGAGAUCCACAUCAACAGAUGUAUGAUGCCGACAAUUAUAUAUAUACUGUAAAAUAAUAACUUCAUCUGUUGACUCUUGAUUUAUUCAAACAAAAACUUGAAGCAAGUAUUAGCUAAGGAAGAAGAAUGAAAAAUGGGGAAGGAAAGGUGGUGUGUGUAACUGGUGGUUCAGGCUAUAUUGGUUCAUGGAUUGUCAAGUUUCUCCUCCAGCGUGGUUACACUGUCAGAGCUACAAUUCGUGACCCUGGUAAUCCCAAUGAGGUUGACCACUUGGUUAAACUUGAUGGAGCAAAAGAGAGGUUGCAACUAUUUAAGGCAGAAUUGUUGGAAGAAGGUUCCUUUGACUCGGCUAUUCAGGGCUGUCAUGGUGUCUUUCACACUGCUUCACCAGCUCUUUUAAUAGUCAAGGAUCCACAGGCUGAAUUAAUUGAUCCAGCGGUGAAGGGAACACUGAAUGUUGUUAAAUCAUGUGCAAAAUCCCCAUCUGUGAAACGGGUUGUUUUAACAUCUUCUAUAGCUGCAGUUUUAAACAAUGGAAGGCCUCGAACUCCUGAAGUAGUAGUUGAUGAGACAUGGUUUUCAAAUCCUGAUUUAUUAAGGAAGCAAGAGAGGUGGUAUGCAUAUUCAAAGACAUCAGCUGAGGAUGUAGCAAGAAAAUUUCUCCAGGAAAACAACAUUGACUUGAUUGUUAUGAACCCAGCAGUGUGCAUAGGGCCUCUCUUACAACCAGAACUUAAUGAAAGUGCAGCUGCAAUUUUAAACCUAAUAAAUGGUUCACAAACAUUUCCAAAUUUUACUUCCGGAUGGAUCAAUGUGAAAGAUGUUGCAAGCGCCCAUAUUCAGGGAUAUGAGUCUGCUUCUGCUAGUGGAAGAUAUUGUCUAUCUGAAAGAGUGACACACUUGUCUGAGCUUGCUAAGAUUUUACAUGAUAUGUAUCCAACAUUUCAAGUUCCAGAGAAGUGUGCAGAUGAUAAGCCUUUUAUACCAACAUUUCAAGUUUCUAAAGUAAAGGCAAAGACUUUGGGAAUUGAAUUUGUUCCCUUAGAAGUGACCCUCAAGGAAACUGUGGAAAGCUUUCAAGAAAAAAAGUUUAUAAAAUCCCAAACAAAUGGGGAUGACCCCUUUCCAUGUGUGGAUAGAAAUCACCUGUCCUUGUCCUUAAAACAAAGAGAUAGGAUGAGCAAUGAGGAAGGGAAGUUGGUGUGUGUGACCGGUGCUUCUGGCUACAUUGCUUCAUGGAUUGUCAAGUUUCUUUUGGAACAUGGUUACACUGUCAGAGCCACUGUUCGUGACCUCAGUAAUCCCAACAAGGUUGAGCACUUGGUUAAACUUGAUGUAGCAAAGGAAAGGUUGCAACUGUUUAAGGCAGACCUGUUAGAAGAAGGUUCCUUUGACUCUGUUAUUCAGGGCUGCCAUGGUGUCUUCCAUGUCGCUUCACCUGUUUUAAUGUUUGUUGAGGACCCUCAGGCUGAAUUGAUUGAUCCAGCGGUGAAGGGAACUCUAAAUGUUCUCAAAUCAUGCGCAAAAUCACCAUCCGUGAAACGAGUUGUCUUAACAUCUUCUACUUCUGCUGUUCUAUUUAAUGGAAGGCCUAAAAGUCCUGAAGUAGUGGUUGAUGAGACAUGGUUUUCAGAUCCAGAUUUCUUAAGGGAAUCAAAGUUUUUUCAUAAGUGGUACACACUUUCAAAGACUAUGGCUGAGGAUGCUGCCUGGAAAUUUGCAAAGGAAAAUAAAAUUGACAUGGUUGUUAUCCUCCCGAGUAUGGUGGUAGGACCUCUCUUACGACCAGAGGUUAAUUUUAGCGUUGAGCCAGUUUUAAACAUAAUUAAUGGUGUCCCAUUUCCAAAUUUGUCUAUUGGAUGGGUUGAUGUGAAAGAUGUUGCUAAAGCACAUAUUCAAGCAUAUGAGAUUACUUCAGCUAGUGGAAGAUACUGUUUGGUUGAGAGAGUGGCACACUUUUCUGAAGUUGCUAGAAUUUUACAUGAUCUGUAUCCAACAUUGCAAAUUUCAAAUAAGUGUGUGGACGAUGAACCAUAUGAGCCAACAUUUCAAUUUUCACAAGAAAGAGCCAAGAGCUUAGGAAUCGAGUUUACUCCUUUAGAAAUAAGUAUUCAGGAAACCGUGAAAAGCUUCAGAGAAAAAAAGAUUAUCAACUUUUAAUUCUUAUAAUCCACGUGAUAAGAUAUCAUGAGAGCUUUUAAUUCAUGUAACUAAAUUCGCAUCAUUUUCCAAACAACACUGUUAAUUAUUGUUGUGUUGUGUUUUUCUUCACAUAAUUUAUCUUUUUUAUUUGCUUCUU